AUGGAUCUUGGGGCCUCGGGAAACAAUUCCUGUGUGACCACGUUUGUUCUGUUGGGUCUCACAGAGAUGCCAGCUCUGCAGCCUGUCCUCUUUGUCAUCUUCCUUCUUGCUUAUGUAGUUACUCUUGGUGGCAAUUUCGGCAUCCUGGCUGCCAUCGUUAUUGAACCCAAACUGCACACCCCCAUGUACUUCUUCUUGGGGAACUUGUCCAUGCUGGAUGUUGGAUGCAUCAGUGUCACUGUUCCUGCCAUGCUGAAGCGUUUCCUAUUCAGUGACAGACACGUUCCCUAUGGGGCCUGCCUCUCACAGCUCUUCUUCUUCCACCUCCUGGCUGGGGCAGACUGUUUCCUGCUGACUGUCAUGGCAUAUGACCGCUAUCUGGCCAUCUGCCACCCCCUCACCUAUAGCACCCAUAUGAGCUGGAGGAUUCAGAAGGUGUCAGUGUGCUUGUCAUGUGUCUUUUCCUUUAGCAAUGCAUUGACCCAAACUGUUGCCUUGUCAACUCUUAAAUUCUGUGGCCCCAACGUGAUCAACCACUUCUACUGUGACCUCCCUCAGCUCUUCCAGCUCUCCUGCUCCAGCAUCCAGCUCAAUGAGCGGCUGCUCUUUGUAGCAGCAGCCUUCAUGGGUGUGGCCCCCUUGGUCCUCAUCACCUUGUCGUAUGGCCACGUGGCAGCUGCAGUUCUGCGAAUCCGCUCUGCUGAGGGCAGGAAGAAAGCCUUCUCCACAUGCAGCUCACACCUCACUGUGGUAGGCAUCUUCUACGGGACAGGUGUCUUCAGCUACAUGAGGUUGGGGUCAGUGGAGGCUUCAGACAAGGACAAGGGCAUUGGGAUCCUCAACACAGUCAUCAGUCCCAUGCUGAACCCACUCAUCUACAGCCUUCGGAACCCCGACGUGCAGGGCGCCUUACGGAAGGUGCUCACAGGGAGGUAG